CUCUCCGAAUUGGAGCACGAAGCACGUUGCGCAUUCAAACACACACACCACGCUCACCAUCCAACCUUCCAUCCAUCCAGCGACCUGAGCUUUGCUGCGACAGCAGGGUGGUGUCCAGUGAGACGUUGAGGUUCCCGCGUGUUGUGUUGGGGUUUGUUCUUUGUUUUCAUUUUUCUCUCCCCCCCCCCACACACACACACAAACGGUCCGUGUUUAAUCUGCACAAACCAAUCAAGAAGACACUGAACGGAGCAACAUGUCUAUCGGCCUGUUGCUGUGGAAGAACUUCACGCUCGCGCGUCGAAGACCAUGGGCGACAGCGUUUGAGAUCAUCCUGCCCAUCGCGUUCAUGUGCAUCCUCGUCGGUGUGCGCCAGUCGACACUGAAGAAAGCCAAGCACGAGUGCGUCGGCGGGUGCGUGUAUGAUGAGUUCUCGCCCAGCAAUACCGGUAUCAUGUUACCACCCUGCCCGAAAGGAUGGACGAUGUACUACACCCCAAACACGCCAAACGUGACCGAGAUCAUGUCCUCCACUGCCGCGUACCUUGCCACGUACUCUGACAACAUGACGCUGAGCGCCAUGAAAGGGUUCGCAUCCGAGGACGCGAUGGUGUCUGAGCUCGUCAGCAUCGGCAGCGGGUGCAAAUUCGGCGUCGUCAUGUCAAAGCCGACUACGGACACGUAUGACUACACGCUGCGCUUCGACUCGACGCCCGGCGGGUACGAUGUGAAGGCCUCCUUUGGCUCGCGCUGGAUGACAACCAUCUCCUUUCCGGAGUUUCAGCUUCUUGGCCCGCGUGAUGACAGCGAUUUGCUGAGCGCGACGUACGGCAGCUCCCCCGGUUAUGCGCAGUACGGAUUCACCCAGGCCCAGCAUGCCAUCAACAUGGCCAUCGCCAAUGCGACGGGGCUGCAGGAUGUGGUGGACACGCUGUCACGCGUUCGUCUUCAGCGCAUGCCGUAUCCAGAGUACCUGGAUGACGGGUUCCUGUACGCCAUCAAGUUUGGUCUCCCACUCCUCCUCAUGAUUGCGCUCCUCUUCACAGCGCUCACCGUCGUCAGGAACAUUGUGCACGAGAAAGAGCGCCGGCUGAAGGAAAGCAUGAAGAUGAUGGGGCUGAAGAAUUGGAACCACUGGCUCGCAUGGUUCAUCCAGGCUUUCUCCUUCCUCGCCGUGUCAAUGACUGUGAUUGCGUUUAUCUGCAAAGGCGGACAAGUCCUGCAGCACUCGGAUCCAACCGUCAUCUGGGUUUAUCUCCUCGCGUUUGCGCUCGCAACCGUUAACCUGUGCUUUCUCAUCAGCGUGUUUUUCACCAAAGCAAGCACGGGCGCUGCUGCUGGUGGCAUCAUCUGGUUCUGCACAUACGUGCCGUACAUGUUUAUUGGGCCGCGCUACCAGGCCAUGUCGUUCUCAACAAAGCAGUCCUCCUGCUUCGUCUCCACCACCGCCAUGGCGAUUGGCGCUCAGCUGAUUGCGGAGUUUGAAGGUCGAGGCGAUGGCGUGCAGUGGGCGACGCUCACCGACCCGGUGAGCGCUGACGAUCCGUUUACCUUUGGCACCAUCAUCGGCAUGCUUCUCUUCGACUCCAUCGUUUACGCCGUCCUCACCUGGUACAUUGAAGCCGUGUUCCCAGGGGAAUACGGCAUUCCCCUGCCAUGGUACUUCCCGCUCACGAAAUCGUACUGGUGCGGCGCCACCCUCGCUGCCGAGCACGACCCUCUCAUGGGCAAAGGCGUUGCUGUGAAUGCGGACAACUUUGAGGCCGAGCCGGAAGGGCUGCACGCCGGUGUGCGCAUCCAGGACCUUCGCAAGGUGUUUGGCACCAAGGUGGCGGUGGCUGGCACGCGGCUGAACAUGUAUGAGGGGCAGAUCACCGCCCUGCUUGGCCACAACGGCGCCGGCAAGACAACAACCAUGUCCAUGCUCACAGGUCUGUAUCCGCCAACGUCUGGAACAGCGAUUGUGAACGGACACGACAUCCGCACAGAUAUCAAUGGCGUUCGUCGCUCCCUCGGCAUUUGUCCCCAGCACGACGUGUUGUUUGACACGCUGACGGUGGAGGAGCACCUUGCCUUCUUCUGCAAACUCAAGGGCGUGCCCAAACCGGAGAUCCAGACCCACAUUGACGAGAUGAUCGAGUCGCUGCAACUUCCAGACAAGCGGCACGCAAUGGUGAAGACUCUAUCGGGCGGAAUGAAGCGCAAACUCAGCUGUGCAAUUGCAAUUGUUGGCGGCUCGAAAGUGGUGUUUCUCGAUGAGCCGACGAGCGGAAUGGACCCGUCGGCAAGGCGCGCAACGUGGGAUCUCCUCUCAAAGUACAAGCACACCUGCACCAUGAUUCUCAGCACACACUUCCUUGACGAGGCAGACUUGCUCGGAGACCGCAUCGCCAUCAUGUCAGAGGGCGUGGUUGAAUGCUGUGGCAGCAGCACAUUCCUCAAGUCUCGCUAUGGUGUUGGGUACCACAUGAUUGUGGUCAAGGACAAGAACUGCAAGCCAGACACCAUCGCCGCUCUCAUCAAGCAACACGUGCCAACAGCCACCCUCGAGGCCGAUAUUGGGGCGGAAAUGACGUUCCUGCUGCCUCGCACGUGCAGCUCUGCGUUCCCGCAGCUUUUCCAUGAGCUCGAGCAGCAGAAGCAGGUCCUCGGUCUCCUCAGCGUCGGCGUCUCCGUCACCACCAUGGAGGAGGUGUUUCUCAAGGUCGGCGAGCGCGCUGCCGCCGCCACAUUGACCAAUGAGAAUGAGGACGCGGGCAGUGCAGACAAGGAUGGCCUGCUGGCACACCGUGGCCACGGCAGCGUUUCGAGCAGGGGUGGAUAUGGCGCACUGACGACUGACGGUGAUGAAGUUGCUGUCGGUGGUGGCAGCGGCAACAAUCCCAACGGCGGCUACACCAGCGAUCUGCAGUCAGAUCUGCAUGCGUUGGAUGAGGAGAGCAGCGACGAGACAGCGCUGCUGAUGCCCGUAUCCGCAUACGACCGCCUCAACACGGGGUUCAAACUGAAGACCCAGCAGCUGCACGCCAUGCUUGUCAAGCGCAUGCUCCACUCGAAGCGAAACUUCACCGCCGUCUUCACGCAGCUGCUGCUGCCAAUGGCCUUUGUCCUCAUUGCGCUUGUUGUCGCCAAGACGUACCCUGGCCCCAAGGACGAUCCAGCACGCCAGCUGUACGACUUCACCUCGUCCUACGGCCCAAACACGCUCCUUUACUCCUCACAGUUUGGCUCCAACGACUCGUCAACGUUUGUGCCGGCGACACCCGUCACGCAGAAGCUGGCAGGCAGUCUCCAACGCGUUGUGCUGGGCGCAUCGGAGACACCGGAGCAGCAGGCGUUUGAGGACAUUGCCAAGUCAGGCAUCUCCUUCAACGACACUGCCACGUUUGUGCUCAAGCUCAUUGGCAACGCACCAGACAAAGUCGCCAAGUUCAACAAGAAGGAUCUGCUGUCUGCUGCGUUCCGGCCAACACCCAACUCGACGACUGUGGAGCCGCUAGCGCUGUUCAACGGGCAGGCGUACCACACCAUCGUGGAGGCCUUGGGCAUGGUUGACUCUGCGCUCCUGCACGCAUUCUCGGACGGCAGCGUCAGCGUGCGGGCCACCAACUUCCCGCUACCGCGCUCGCCACUGGAGAAGGCACAGGACCAGGGCGACUCGCAGCAGGGGUUCUACAUUGCGUUCACCAUCCUCUUUGGCAUGGCGUUUCUUGUAUCGAGCUUCGUGCUCUUCCUUGUUGUGGAGCGCGCCAACAAGGCCAAACACAUUCAGUUUGUCAGUGGUGUGGACAUUGUCUCGUAUUGGGCGGCCUCGUAUGCGUGGGAUGUGCUCAACUUCCUGCUGCCGACGGUGGGGUGCAUCAUCCUCUUUCUCAUCUUCAACGUGCAGGAGUAUGCGGAGGAGCGCCUGGGCUACGUUGUGCUUCUCUUUGUGCUCUACGGCUUCGCUGUCAUCCCCACCAUGUACCUCGCCUCCUUCCUCUUCUCCACCCCGUCCAAGGCAUACACCAUGAUGACGGUGGUGAACAUUGUCACGGGCCUUGCCGCAAUGCUCACCGUGUCCAUCUUGGAGACGGUUGAGCCCUCUGUGGCCACCCAGCUCAAGUCCGCCUUCCUCUUCCUGCCAAACUACUGCUUCGGUCAAGCGCUCUCUGACAUUUACAACAACUAUCAGAGCCUUCAGGUCAUCGAGCAGCUGCUUCCGCUCUGCCGCAUGUUUGCGCCCGGCGCGAGCAUUGACACGUGCUGCAACCUUGCUGAGAAGAUUCCAUCCAAGGAUCUUCCAUUUCAGCUGCAGUGCCAGACCGACUUCCUGUCCAUGUCCCUCCCUGGCAUUGGGCGCUACGUGCUGUGUCUUGUUGCGCAAGCCAUCGUCUUCUUCCUCCUCGUCCUUGCCGUUGAGGCCAAGCUGGUGCGUGCUGUCGUGAACAUGAUCAUCAAGCCGCCAGAGGCAAAGUCUGGCCUUCCUGAUGGCGAGGACGAAGAUGUGCGACAAGAGCGUGAGGACGUGCUGCGAAAGGUUAGCGGGCUGCAAUCGCACAUCCGCUCCACCAACUCCUCUGUGAGUGAGAUGCACGAGCUGCCUGGCUCCCGCGACGUGCUGCUCGUCAACAACCUGAGCAAGACCUUCAGCAUCAGCAAAGGCGCGUGCGGCUCCGAGCCAAAAUACGCGGUGGACAGGCUCUCCUUUGCCGUGCCCAACGGCCAGUGCUUUGGGCUGCUUGGCGUGAACGGCGCAGGCAAGACGACGACGUUCCGCAUGCUGACCGGUGACGAGGUGAUGACUGCCGGUAGUGCGCAGCUCAACGGGUUUGACAUUCGCACGCAGAUGGCGCAGGCGCGACAGCACAUGGGCUACUGCCCGCAGUUUGACGGCCUUAUUGAGCUCAUGACGGGCCGGGAGCUGCUGGUGAUGUACGCGCGCCUGCGCGGUGUCCCUGAGCAAGGCAUCCCCUCGCUCGUCAACGACCUGAUUCACGAGCUCAUGCUGGAGAAGCACGCCGACAAGCCGUGCGGCACCUACAGCGGUGGCAACAAGCGAAAGCUCAGCACCGCAAUUGCCCUCUGUGGGCCGUCCCCGGUCAUCUACCUCGAUGAACCAACCACAGGUAUGGAUCCUGGCGCGCGCCGGUUUUUGUGGAACACGCUGCUGCGUGUGAUGCAGUCUGGGCGAAGCAUUGUCCUCACCUCCCACAGCAUGGAGGAGUGCGAGGCUCUCUGCACACGCCUUGCCAUCAUGGUCAACGGGCGCUUCCAGUGCAUCGGAAGCCUUCAGCGAUUGAAGGACCGCUUUGGACGCAGCCUGAACGUGGUCAUCACAGCACCCCGUGAGAGCAUGGCGCAACUCAAGGACUUUUUCGCCUCAAAGUUCCCCACCAUGAACAUUACCGACGAGCAUCAAAACCAGAUAACGUUUGAGCUGUCUGGUGAGCGCAAGUGGUCGUAUGUGUUCACGGUGAUGGAAGAGGCGAAGCAGAACUUCCCGAUCCGUGACUACAGUGUGAGCCAGACCACGCUUGAGCAAGUGUUCCUUCGUUUCGCAAAGCACCAGUUUGAUGAGUAGUAGCGACAGCAUUCCUUUCCGUUUUCGGCACAGCAGCACACCUGCUAGUCCUUGUUUGUUCGUUUGCCUAAAGGUGUCUCCUGUUCUGUUGUUCUCUUGCCUGCCCCCCCCCCUCCAAUUGCCGAUUAUGUAGCGUUGUUUCGCAGCUUGUUACCCACCAUUGAUUGCAUCAAAUGAUUUGAUGCAUGUUCAACUCUUGAUUUGAUGCACAUUAAAACGCUUAAGACGA